AUGGAUCCCUCCACGAAUAAUUCGAUGCAGGCCGAGCUCACGAAAGCUAUCGGCAAUUUACACGGUUUGUUUGAUGAAAUCGGCCUUUCCAGCUCGGCGCGCGACGCCCGCGAGGCAAGCGUCUAUUCUGCAUUGAAUACGGUGCUACAGAAGCAGUUGGGUUUAGUCGCCGAAGAAAAGGAACACCUGAAGGAAGAAUGUCGCAAGCUUAUCGUCUCGAUAAGGCAGAUGGAGCAAUCGCUCGAUGACAGAAAAAGCAGCUCCAGCGAGUGUAACGAUCAGCCUACGACCCCACUACUCAAAUGUUUACGAGGAUUGAAAGAGAAACACGAAAAUGUAAAGAAGCGACAUACCGAAAGAUACGAAACCAUCCGAAAAUUAUCGCAAGCACUAGAACAGUACGCCUCUCGACUCGAGCCUGCAACACUCCAGGUUACUCUACCCCCAGCGACAAAUGAUCCCACAGCUAUCGCUUCGCUCGACCUUUCACAUUCUUAUUAUGAGAAACUUAAAGAAGAAUUUACGCGUGUUUAUCAAGAAUUUUCACAGCGUGCAAAGACGGUCCAAUCCAUCUCUAGAGAAAUAAUUAAUUUAUAUAAUGAGUUGGGAAUCCCUAAAUCACAGAUCGAUAGAAAUGUUGUGGAAUUCGGAACUUCGCAGCCGGAGCGACUGGGACUGUUGAAUGAUGACCUAGAUCAUCUGAGGGGGAAGAAGGAUGUAUUAUUGGCCGAGAAGGAAAAGAGGAAUGCGCAGAUCGAGGACCUGAAGAUCGAGAUUGGAGAACUAUGGGAAAAACUUGGUGUCGAUCCACAAGAACAAAAGGCAUUCCUGGCUCAGCGUAGAGGCUACGACCUAAAAACAAUCCGCGAGCUGGAGAAGGAGCUUGACAGGUUAGUAGACCUAAAACAGGAGAAUCUCCAUAACUGGGUCAAUGAUGCUCGAAAAACUCUCACAGACUUGUGGGAGAAACUUUACUUCUCAGAAGAGGAGAUAUCGUACUUUUUACCUGUUACCUCGGAUGAUAUGUCUGAUGCUCUUCUUGCGGCCCAUGAGCUUGAAAUUCAACGCCUGCAGGAUCUUUACAGUGAGCGCUCGCCUAUAAUCACCCUUAUUGACAAGCACCGCUCCCUCAUUGAAGAUCGCGAGAUACUUGCGACCACUGCCAAUGAUGCGUCUCGCCUUAUUUCUCGUGGAAAUGGAGGGACCCGUGACCCGAGUCGUCUCCUUCGUGAAGAGAAGAUGCGGAAACGAAUUGCGAAGGAUCUCCCUCGAGUUGAAAUGGAAUUGAAGAAAGAACUUGAGCAAUGGGAAGACGAAUACGGCGAGCCAUUCACGGUCAAAGGGGAGAACUAUCUUGAGACUUUGAUGAGUUCGAGUGUCGCACCUCCAUCACGCUCUGGUGCUAGAACGCCUGGACCGGCACCUGCAAGACCGAGAUCAAAUACAGCAGGCGCCACUCCCCGUCCUCUUUCGAGGGUCGCCAAUUCUACAAGGACAGCAACAACGCCAAUUACAAGGCCGAAAACUCCAAGCGCAUUGCCCUUGAGAUCCAAGACUCCUACAGCAGAUCGUACCAAUCUUUCCCAUGGUUACAGCGCCAGCAUGAGCGCUACUGUCGGUAGAUCUGGAGGCCGAGCGCUGGCAACGGCAUCAUCCAAAGAAAGUAUUGUCCAUAGAUCGGGCGCAAAAACACCUGGCCCUGGAAAUCGUAUAGGCCUUACGAACAGCAACAGUGCUAGUAAUCUUAAUGGUAUUAAUAGGUCACCAUCCAAGGCUUCCAUGAGGGAAAAUAGAUUGCCCGAGGGAAGCCAUAAUAUAAAAGAAGGAACUCAGACUGUUGGUCGAUUUUCCACCAUCAAGCGUAAAACGCCUCCGUUGUCAAACAUCACAACUCCGAAAAUGCAGUCGCUAUUCUCCCAGCCAUCCAAGACCUUACAGAGAGCCCGGGCUGGAAGUGAAAUCAGCAUCCGCUCUGUGUCACCUGAAGACGGAGAUCCUAGGCAGGGAGUUCGCCAGAAGCAGCUACACAUUCAGCCGUCGAAUCAAAACAAUGGCUACAACUCACACAGCAGGGACAUGUCAGGGAGCUCUAUAGACUCUAUGGCACGGAAGCUCUCACUCACCUCUUCAACAACAUUGACGAGUGGCAGUGGCAGUGAAAAUUGGGAAACGUUUGGUGCUGAUAGUGAGUUUGGAGAUGCUGAUGAGGAAAGAGUAGAUCCUAUGGAGAGAUACUACAAAAACAAGGGCGAGGGUUAUUGUGAGGAGGCAAGGAACGGGAAAGGCGGAGAAAUCGUUUCAGUAAGGAAUGCGGAAGAGUGGGAUGAUGGGUGUUUUUAA